AUGCCAGUCAUCACCACCCAAAUCACCGAGCUCUUCGGCAUUGAGCACCCGGUCCUCCUCGCGGGCAUGAACGUUGCCGCCGGCCCCAAGCUCGCGGCAGCAGUUACAAACGCUGGCGGUCUGGGCGUCAUUGGCGGCGUGCGUGCCACUCCCAAGCACCUCCGCCGCCAGAUCCGUGACCUCAAGGCCGGUCUCAACGACCCCAACGCACCCUUCGGUGUCGACCUGCUUCUGCCCCAGCUAGGCGGUAGCGCUCGCAAGACCAACAAGGACUACACCAACGGUGGUCUCGAUGACCUGCUUACCGUCAUCAUCGAGGAGGGCACCAAACUGUUCGUGUCGGCUGUGGGUGUGCCACCCAAGUCGGCCGUGGACCGUCUGCACAAGCACGGCAUCCUUGUCAUGAACAUGGUCGGCGCCGUCAAGCACGUCCACAAGGCCCUCGAUGUUGGUGUUGACAUCAUCUGUGCCCAAGGCGGCGAGGGUGGUGGUCACACUGGUGACACGGCUACCAGCAUUCUCAUCCCGGCCUGUGUCGACGCUGUCCGUGGCAAGCUCUCGCCCCUUACCGGCAAGCAAGUGCCCGUCAUCGCCGCCGGUGGCAUCAGCGACGGCCGUGGCCUUGCUGCGGCCCUCAUGUGGGGCGCCCAGGCCGUGUGGGUCGGCACCCGCUUUGUCGCCUCAGUUGAAGCUGGUGCGCCUCCCAAGCACAAGGAGCUCGUUGUUACGGCUGGCUUUGGCGACACGGCUCGCACUCUCAUCUAUUCUGGACGCCCCAUGCGUGUCCGCAAGACCGACUACGUCAAGGAGUGGGAGGACACUAGGCAGCAGGAGAUCACCGAGCUGUGCGCGCAAGGCAUCGUUCCGCACGACAGGGAGCUCGAGAACAAGCCCGAACGCUCCUUGGAGGGGACCAAGUGGCUCAUGGGGGACGUGGCUGCUGUCGUGAACGAAGUACUCCCCGCAAAGACCAUCAUCGACAACAUGGUAAUGGAUGCUAAGCGAGCCAUUACCCAAGGCUACCAGGACCUGAACGGUGGUAGGGCGAAGCUGUAG